CGUUGGCUCCCGGAAGUGAUUGCUUCGUGCGUCCUGCGCGUGCGCACAGCGAGGCCUUGGCCAUCGCGGGCAUUUAGGCCGGACGGCGCGGCCGCGGGAGCCGGUUACUCCUUGUCCCCUGAAGCCCCCAGGCCUGCACCAUGGACUUCCAGCACAGACCUGGAGGCAAGACCGGGAGUGGGGGCGUGGCCUCCUCCUCCGAGAGCAAUCGGGACCGCAGGGAACGCCUGAGGCAGCUGGCCCUGGAGACCAUCGACAUCAACAAGGACCCGUAUUUCAUGAAGAACCAUCUGGGAUCCUAUGAGUGCAAGCUCUGCCUGACGCUGCACAACAAUGAGGGGAGCUACCUGGCCCACACGCAAGGGAAGAAACACCAGACGAACUUGGCCCGGCGAGCUGCCAAGGAGGCCAAGGAAGCCCCUGCCCAGCCAGCACCCGAGAAGGUCAAGGUGGAGGUGAAGAAGUUUGUGAAGAUCGGCCGCCCUGGGUACAAAGUGACCAAGCAGAGGGACACGGAGAUGGGACAGCAGAGCCUGCUCUUCCAGAUCGACUACCCCGAGAUUGCAGAGGGGAUCAUGCCUCGCCACCGCUUCAUGUCUGCCUACGAGCAGAGGAUCGAGCCCCCGGACCGCCGCUGGCAGUACCUGCUCAUGGCUGCAGAGCCCUACGAGACCAUUGCCUUCAAGGUACCGAGCCGGGAGAUCGACAAGGCGGAGGGCAAGUUCUGGACCCACUGGAACCGAGAGACCAAGCAGUUUUUCCUUCAGUUCCACUUCAAGAUGGAGAAGCCCCCUGCCCCACCCAGCCUCCCAGCCGGCCCCCCAGGCGUCAAGCGGCCCCGGCCCCCUCUCAUGAAUGGCCUGCCUCCUCGCCCGCCACUGCCGGAUGCCUUGCCCCCACCUCCGCCUGGUGGCCUGUCUCUGCCCCCUAUGCCCCCGACCGGGCCUGCUCCCUCCGGACCCCCUGGACCUCCCCAGAUGCCUCCGCCAGCUCCUGGGGUGCACCCCCCAGCCCCAGUGGUCCACCCACCAACAUCUGGGGUCCAUCCCCCAGCUCCUGGGGUGCACCCGCCAGCCCCUGGGGUACACCCACCAACAUCUGGGGUCCAUCCCCCAGCCCCUGGGGUCCAUCCCCCAGCCCCUGGGGUUCAUCCAGCAGCCCCUGGGGUUCACCCAGCAGCCCCUGGGGUCCACCCAGCAGCCCCUGGGGUUCACCCAGCAGCCCCUGGGGUCCACCCUCCCCCAUCAGCGGGAGUUCAUCCUCAAGCUCCAGGAGUACACCCACCUGCUCCUGCAGUUCACCCUCAGGCGCCUGGGGUGCACCCCCCAGCCCCUGGUAUCCACCCUCAGGGCCCUGGGGUUCACCCCCAGCCUCCUCCUGGGGUCCACCCUCAGGCCCCUGUGGUUCACCCCCAGCCUCCGGGGGUUCACCCCUCAAAUCCUGGGGUGCACCCAGCUCCUCUGCCCCCCAUGCUAAGGCCCCCACUCCCCUCAGAUGGCCCCGGAAACAUGCCUCCCCCUCCCCCAGGCAACUGAGCAGUGGCCCCUGCUGCCUGUGUGUGGCCUUUUCCCAUGGCCAGUCCUUGGAAGGUUUUCUAUUUUGUCCUGUCCUGAGCCCAUUAAACAGCCUCCCCCAUGUC